AUGCGCUGCUUGGCCACAAUUCUUGCUUUGGUUGCGGCCGUUGGCGCUACAAGCGUUUGCUUGCCUCAAAAUUGCUCCCCAAAGAAUUUGGUGGCCGACUUUGUGUUCAUGGUUGAUGCAUCGGAAGCGCUGUCAAAGGAUGAAUUCGAGGCUGUCAAGGAGCUUUUGAUGAAUAUGUCUUCAUCUCUUACCAUCGGCCCAACUGCUUCUCAGGUUGCCAUCUACACCUACGCAACCCAAAUCCGUUCCGCUGGUCUGCUGAACGAUCUGAACAAACUUGAUGCUCUUCAACAGGCCAUUGGCAAUAUGCGAUAUGAAGGCACUGAGGACCGGCAGCUUUAUUUGGCUAUCCAACAGGAGGAAAUUGAUGUCACUGCCGCCAAUGGAUUCCGUGCUGCCGCCAAGAAGGUGCUGGUUGUCAUUGAGGGAGAUGAAUUCACCGGACAAUCACCAUUCAACCGCCAACUUGAUACCGUUCGCGCCAAGUACGACAUGAUCCUUGUUGUUGGUGUCGGCGAGCAGGCCAUCCGCAACAACUACGAGCAGACCAAGAAGCUGGCUGGUGACAACACCGACGUUUUCUGGUCGUUCAACACCGACCACUUGGCGUACGUUCAACUGUGGAUCCAGAACAACGCUUGCCCCAACUCGCAUGUCGCACCAACCACCCCGAUGCCCACCACCGUCCCGACCCCAGCCCCUGGUGUUCCUUGCAAGGUCGAAACAUUGAACUACGAUGUCUACCUCGUUGUCGACAGCUCCCUUGCCGUUACCGCUGAUGACUUCGCUGCCAUGAAAAAGACCAUCUCUCAAUUCAUCUCCGUCUACCCAGUCGGUGACAAGAACGUUAACUUCGGUCUGCUAACCGUGUCGAUGGAUACCGAGCUGUACUACACUGGCUUCCACAAUACCCAGGAUCGGUCCCUGCUCCUCUCUGCCAUCAGCUACUUGAACCAAGAUGGAAGCAACGGACAGGCGCUUCUUCUGACCCUCCGCGCCAUCACGAAGAGCUACCUCGUCAACAACUACUCCACCCCCAACAAAUUGGUCGUCUACUUCUCUGGCAACACCAACUUCGAUCAAGACCCGACGGCGCAGGCUGCUUCGAUUGCUUCGCAGUACGGUGUUCAGUUCUUGGCUGUUAAGUGGAACGCUGGUGCUGACAAAACAAAACUCUCGGCGGUGACGGGCGGUGAUAAAUGUGUGUACGAUGCGACGGCAAACCGUGAUGGCACCGCCACCUGGCUUCAGACCCAGCUUUGCCAGAAGACCGGCUGCCGU